GUAUGACUUGUGAGCACGAAAGGCUUCCCUUUUAUCUCCUCACCACCAACGACCGCCGCCGGCACCCACCAAGCUGGCGUCGGACAUCUGCAAACGCUUGUUUACAGCUCGAUCCAGGAGGCCGAACUGGUUGGCCUUGCCUCAACACGGUCCGGUCCGGGUGCAAUCCGGCCCAUCUCCGAUCGACAUGAACCCCUUCCGGCUAUGCUCCGGCCUCCGAUUCCUCGGCUAUUUCAUGGUCGUCGUCGUUAUAGCCGUCGUAGCCGUCUCCUACUACGCCGUCGUCGUCGUCACCUGGGGCCCUCGCCUCCUCGCCGGCGGCUUUCGAUCCCUCGCAUCCUUCCCAAUUCUCAUCGUUUUCCAUAUCCUCGUAAGUAUCUUCACCUGCUACAGGUUUUCGAUUAUUGGUUUGGGGGUUUCAUUAGCUUGAAUCUGUGUAUGUAAUAUCGAUCCAAUAACUUGAUUUUAUAAAAUUCCCAUAUAGAUUUCAAGUAAUAGAAACUAAGAAACUAUUAAUAGAAACUAAGGGGGUGUAUUCAAUUUGGAUUUUAAAAGAUUUUUUAAAAUACAUGAAUUGUGUAAAAUCUAUGGAUUGUUUUUAUUCUACACAGAAUUGAAUAGAUUGUGACGUAUUUU